GAGGUAAGAGGUAUUCAUUCAAGGCUGAGAAGUCGGCAUAUCCACAGCAACCCAGAGAGCUGUAAAGUUAAAUUAAAGAAGAAGAAAAAAGAGGAAAACACCGUCCCGGUGAUCUAGAGCAUUAAUAACUCAUUUUUAAGUAACACUUUUAUGCGUCUCGGCGCGAUCAGGCGCGCAACAGAAGGUGAGCGCACAUGGGAGAACAUUUGUCUUUCUAAGGCACUGACCGAAAAAAAAAAAAGUUAAUCCAGCGACAGAGGGAUUUCUACAAAUGUCCGAUUCGUCCUCCUCCUCCCCCUGUAGGGGGUCUUCUGGUGGGACACGUGCAAAGAGACCACCGGACCUGGAGCUGUCGGAAAUCACCUUCAGUGCGCCUGAAAGCGGGACACCUGUGCGCAACGAAAGGGACGAAAUGCCCGAGGACGGUAGCACCCCGACAGCUGUCCCCCCUGUCCACGUCCCCCCGUACUUAUCCCACCCCAGGAUGUCCAUGCGGAUGUCGGUGUACAGCACCGGGGUCCGGCCGGUCCUCACGCGCGCCUACAUCCAGGGACGCGUGUAUAACUUUCUGGAAAGGCCGUCCGGCUGGAAGUGCUUCGUGUAUCACUUCGCAGUGUUUCUCAUAGUUUUGGCCUGUCUGAUCCUCAGUGUCCUUUCUACCAUUGACCAGUAUCAGGCUCUGGCUCACACAACUCUCUUCUGGGUGGAGAUCGUCCUUGUGCUGUUCUUCGGCGUGGAAUAUUUCGUCCGCCUUUGGUCAGCAGGCUGCCGCAGUAAAUAUGUUGGCAUCUGGGGCCGACUACGCUUUGCCAGGAAGCCAAUAUCUAUUAUAGAUUUAAUUGUUGUUGUUGCCUCAAUAAUUGUGCUUGGAGUGGGCUCCAAAGGCCAAGUGUUUGCCACCUCUGCAAUCAGAGGGAUUCGAUUCCUGCAGAUCCUCCGUAUGCUCCAUGUUGACCGGCAGGGAGGGACUUGGCGUCUCCUUGGCUCGGUUGUCUUCAUCCAUCGGCAGGAGCUGAUCACCACCUUGUACAUCGGCUUCCUGAGCCUGAUCUUCUCCUCGUACUUUGUGUACCUGGCAGAGAAAGACGCGGCCAGCGGCUCGGCGCAGUUUGGAAACUAUGCCGAUGCUCUGUGGUGGGGAGUGGUAACAGUGACUACAAUCGGUUACGGGGACAAAGUGCCACAGACCUGGAUCGGGAAGACCAUUGCGUCCUGUUUCUCUGUUUUUGCCAUCUCCUUCUUCGCUCUGCCGGCUGGCAUCUUAGGUUCGGGUUUUGCCCUGAAGGUGCAGCAGAAGCAAAGACAAAAGCACUUCAACAGACAGAUCCCUGCAGCUGCAUGCCUCAUUCAGACGUCUUGGAGAUGUUUCGCAGUGGAGAACUUUGAUUCGGCCACCUUCAAAAUGUUUUUGAGGAAGAGAUCCCACAUCCCUGCCUCUUCAUUGUCCUCCCCGAAACCCAAGAAAUCGGUGAAGAUAAGGAGGAAGCACAAGAGCAAUGAAAAGGACAAUGGCCCUACAUCUCCCACAAUUCCCAGCAUCAUUUACGAUUCUGCACUCGACAGCGGGAGAGAGCUGAGUUCAGAUGUUUACAGCACCGUGGGCACAGAUCGUCAGCAGUCCUGGACAUCUUUGUCAUCUCUUCACUUCAGCUCACCUCCUGCAGCAAAACCAAACUCGGGCCUGUUGGAGGUCCACCCCCCGAGCCCCCUCCAGAGGAACUGCAGCUUCGCCGACGACCUGGAGCUGGAGGCCGAGCGCGACGUCGAGCUGGCUCCCGCCGCUUCCGUAUCGCAAUUGACCGAGGCGCACCGAAAAGCAAUCCGAGUGAUCCAGAAAAUGCGCUAUUUUGUAGCCAAGAGAAAUUUUCAGCAAGCCCGUAAGCCCUAUGAUGUGCGGGAUGUGAUUGAGCAAUACUCCCAGGGUCACCUUAACCUCAUGGUGCGAAUCAAGGAGCUUCAGAGGAGACUGGACCACUCAUUAGGAAAGAUAUCGUUGUUCCAGACCAGCUCAGACCGGGCCAAAGACAGAGGCAGCAAUUCUAUUGGAUCUCGACUCCACAGGAUGGAGGACAAGAUCACACACAUGGAGCAGACUCUGAACCGCAUCGCGGAGUCGCUGGCUUUUCUUCUGGACCACAGGGAUGCCGCCGAGGCCGAAGGUGGAGGCAGACUGAGACGGCAGCUUGGGCGAACCUGCAACGUCCUCCGCAGCCAGGACAGCCUGCCAAGCUACGACCAGCUGUCUUCAUCGCCCUCGUCCUUCUCCUCCAACACGGCCGGCACGGCGCUCGGCCUCAGCAACCUCGCCAACGCCCCCGAGCGUCAGGAACACAACAGCUAAAACCAAGAAAAAUCUAUCUGUCUAUCUAUCUAUCUAUCUAUCUAUCUAUCUAUCUAUCUAUCUAUCUGUCUUCACUAGUUCAGGAGUUUAAGAAAUAGGUAGCUAGCUUUUUUUUAAAAAAAAAAAUUAAUCUGAAUUUCAAACGUUAAUGAAGUUAAAAAGGUUUUAGCUGCUUUUUCUGUUCCUUAGCUUAUAUUUAUGUCUGGGUGGGGUAAAUAUAGUUGGAGGGAUGCUUUUAAACGCAUAAGA